AAUCUGUGGAAUUUCUCUUUGCAGGAUGUGGCGCUUCACGGCGACGUUACUGCUGUUGGCUCUUGCCUCGGCUGAACCCCAGGGAUACAAUUACCCGGAACCACCCCAGGGAGGCUAUCUGCCUCCUCCGCCCUCUAAUCCAGUCUGCCCUGCAGUCACCUCCGUUGUAUAUGACACUCGUGUUCAAACGUCUGUCAACGUACAGACUGUCAAUCAAGUGAGCACGCAGUACGUUACGACCACGGUAGUUAGGCAACAGGUCGUACCAACUACCCUUUUCAGAACGCGUGUCCAGACGCAGGUUCAGUACCAAACCAGCGUCGUGCAGCACACAACGACGUAUGUUAAUUACAGAAUCCAGACCCAGACCAUUCCGAGUCCACCCGUUGUACGGACACAGUACGUUACUUCCACUCGCAUCGUGCCGCAGGUCAGCUACGUCACCCAGACACAAACCCGAACACAAGUUGUACCUGUUGAGGUGACCCGCACGCAAGUGCAGACCGUGUACCAGCCUGUUGUCAACUACGAGACUAAGGUUCAGCAACAAACGCAGGUUGUAACUAUCCCUGGCCCUGACGUCGUUAAAACACGUGUUCAGACCGUUGUUCAGACCUCUAUUGUGAGGCGUCAGCAACCUGGUAGUACUAGAUAUGUAACUUCGACACGUGUGCAACAGGUGGUACAGACAUCAGUCGUCCGCGGACAGGACGUCGUAAGGACCAGCGUUGUCCAGAGACAACAGGUCAUUCCUUUCACAUCUGUCAACACGCGUUACGAGAAUGCCGUCGCCACUCGCGAACAGGUGGUGACGAGGACCAACGUGGUUACCCAGACUCGCGUCCAAACCCAGGUGGUGCCCCAGGAGGUGGUCAGCACCCAGGUGGUUCCCACUACCAUCUACACCACCCGCUAUGAGACCCGGGUUCAGCCCUUCACACAGGUGCAGACCGUGGUCAGGACCCAGUAUGUCACACCGGCCCCCGUGGUAAAGACCCAACAGGAAGUGCGGACCUCUGUGGUCCAGGUGCCCGGUCAGGACCGCGUGGUCACCAGUCAAGUCGUGCAGACCCAGCAACAGCAGCAGGUCGUCUAUCAGACAGUUAACCAGCCUCAGCAGGUCACUGUUACAAGGACAGUUGCAGGAACGUGUGGAGGGUCCGGAUAUAACUAUAAUGCGCCGGCAAUUCCCUUCGUAACAGGAUAACUUUCCUCUUUUAAAUUUUACUCUAGUUCUUGAUUUAUACAGCAUUUCCUCUGUUACCAUCUGGAGAUCACUCAUAUGUUAGCUAUGAACUUACAAAAUAAAAAGAAAAUUGGUGGUAAUUGUUUACCCGUUUUAUCGUGUACGUUUUCUCAUUAAAUUAUAAUAAUAGUG